GUAAUCUUUACUUACAAAUCGGAAGUUAUUUCACUGAAUGACUUAUAAAUGCGGAAAUCGAACACUCAUCACCGGAUAUUGAAAAUAACUUCUUUUUAAUCGAGAGGGAAUUACAAUGGCAACAAGGUUGAUUGUUGUGAAACUAAUGAUAUUUUUUAGAUUUGUGUCUGGAUUUAACAUUGAUGUAGAACAAGCACUGAUUUACACGGAAACUGCCGGUUCGUACUUUGGGGCGACUACGGAAUUGGUUUCCAAUGCUCAGGGAAAAUGGAUGCUGGUUGGUGCACCGAGACAGAAUUACUCUAGCAUUAUCAAGCCUGGCGCCAUAUAUCGUUGUGCAAUUGACACGAGUUCAGCCACCAGGAACUGUACCAUGAUGAAUAUCAGGGCAGAACAGAGUGCAUUCCCUUCUAUCGAGUCUGAAGAAAACCAGGGCCUGGGUUUGAACAUGCUGAUAACUAACCAAAACCUAGUGGCUUGUUCGCCGAUGUGGAAGGAAGCAGUGGCAAACGAUGUCUACUUUGCCUACGGCAAAUGCAGUGACGUACCCCUGAACGGUCUUAACACGAAUAAUAACAAGUUAUUUGCUGUAAACAGUAACCUCCGGUUUCUAAAUAGUCGGAUACAUUAUGUUGCGGCCGAAUUCGGCUUCAGCAGCAGUAUACGGGCAGGGUUUAGCAGCAAUGGGCUCGUCCUAGGAACUCCAGUCGUAUACGAUUCCACUGGUGGAUUCGUUUUUUACCAGGAAGGCCGGGUUCCAAAUUUCUGGACUCGAUAUAACAUCAAGGAUAACGGAGCUGUAGACAAUCUUGGCUCAAUGUUCAGAACGGGGGCAUAUUUAGGUUACUCUACCGGGGCCGGAAUAUUUGGAACUGCCACCAGUCCCUCGGCCCCUCAGAUAGCCCUGGGGGCCCCGGGAUUUGCCAACAAUGAGGGGACUAUAGGAGCUAUGGGAAUUUUCGAGAUAGAUGGCACUAAUCUACGCAUGAGAAAAUUGUUAAAUGGAAAAACGGUCGGUAGUGGAUUCGGUCAGUCAAUGAUUAUAGCUGACUUUAACGGCGAUAACAGAGAUGACAUCGCCGUGGGGUCACCGAUGGAGGGAGAAAAUGACAUGAACGAUGUGGAUGUCGGGGCUGUGUAUGUUUACUAUGGGACCGGAAGCGACUCGACGCGUAUUGACAACGAACAACGUCUGCGUGGGUCUGGGGCGGUGUCAGCCCGAUUCGGCUACAGUGUGGCAAAUCCGGGGGACCUAAACAAAGACGGAUUUAAUGAUUUAGUUGUGGGGGCUCCUUAUGAGGACGACAACAAAGGUGCUAUUUAUAUCUUUAAUGGGGGAUCUCCCCAGAUCGAGGCUACAUAUUCGCAGCAAAUCUUGGCGUCCAAACUUCACACCGAUCUGCGAGGAUUUGGAUUUUCCCUCAGCAAACACACAAUUGAUGUGGAUUCCAAUACAUAUCUAGAUAUUUCUGUUGGAUCCCUCCUUUCUUCCAAUGCCGUUGUUUUCCGAACACGGUCUAUCGCGACCAUCAAUGCAGCCAUGACAUUGAAUCCAGCGAAGAUGCCCCUGAACUCCACAGGACUUGCAUGCAGAGGCACUAACGACAACCCAUGCACGACAGUUCAGAUUUGUUUUAGAUACACUGGGGACGGACUAAAUAACGGAAUUUACAUCGACUAUACAGUGACGUCAGAUUCAGAUGAAGCCGACCUUAACAAUCGGCGCUUCACAUUUUACAUGAACAAUGUGAGUGGCGGGAAAAUUUACAGAAAACUGGAACUAUUCAUCGGCAGUGGUGUCAAUCAGUGUGAAACUCUUCAUGCAAGGGCAGAUAUGACAGACAGGAAUUUUUUCUUACGAGUUAAUGAUAAGCCCGUGUUUGACUUGACUUACCAAAUCAGCAACAAAUCCGCGUCAGGUGAAGUCAGGCCUAUACUGGACAAAAACCAGGCCACAGGCAGUAAUAUCACGGGUGAGUUCCGAACAGAAUGUGACGAUUGUAAACCAGACCUGAGGAUUUCCGGACGUCCACUGACGUCCUUAAUCACCGUGGGCCUCACACAGGAACUCGAGGUCGAGGUCCUGGUUAUGAAUUUGGGAGAUCCGGCGUACGGGGCCUCAUUUCUAGUAUCCAAUGACAUGAACGUUCCUCUAACAAGUUAUGCAGUAUUGUUAGAGCAAGGCUCGGAGCGAAUGACGUGCACAGCAGAAACAAACGGUACACGGUGCACGUUUGUUUCACCGCCUCUGUUUCCGCAGCAGAGGGGCCUGGUCCGCCUUAGAUACGAUGUUUCUCUGGACCGAUUAUUAGAAAAGGGAUUACGGAAUCUUCCGGCGAAAAUCCAGAUAACUUCUACAGCUGACGUAACUGGAGACGUUAAUCCAGACAAUAAUGUGAUAGAGUUGAGCACUAAUCUACAACUAGAAACAACGGUACAGAUGAUAGGUUCAUCGUCACCCGACCAGGUGAGGAUGUCCCCACAGAAACGCUCCAAACUCUUACUGUACCAGGCCUACUCCAUCAGUACGCUAGGACCCAGUCCCCUACCGGAAGUCAAGGUCGUCUUCAAUAUACCAGUAAUCGCAAACGGCAAAGUGAUUGUGCCCGAGUCAGAACUCAAAGUGACAGUGUUUACUCCAACUGACAAUUGCAGUAUGACGUCAUUCCCAUCAGUCGGUGCUGUGACGUCAUCGCCUUCCGUGGGACAACCUAGUGUGAUCAUCAACCCAGAUAAUUCUCUCCCUUUAGGUUGUGGAGAGAGUGGUGUUGCUUGUGCUGUAUAUGAGUGCGUGAUUAGUGAAUUAAAGUUAGAUGAUCUUCACGGCUUCAUCAUCAAUGGCAAUAUUUCUGAAGAAAACCUUCCAGAACUUCAGGCGGGCAUUACUCAGAUACGGUACUAUACAACUGGGGCAGUCUAUCCCUCAGAAACAUUAAAAGUUCCCCUGAAGUUAGCUUCCAAUGUCAGCUUCUCAGCAGUGCUACCAAUCUUCCCAAAUGAUAUAACUCCGGCCCCCCAGGAACUGAACCUGUGGCCCCUGAUUGUGGGUCUGGUAGUAGGUGUCCUUCUUAUGAUACUAUUGGGAAUCAUUCUCUGGAAGCUUGGCUUCUUCAGAAGAAAGAAGAGAGAGGAAUUGGACCAAUACAAAAGGAAAAGUUAUGCCUACCAGAGGCAAAGCCGUGCUUUGUUGCGAGCAACAAAAGAUAUGGACAAAUCUGAUAGAGAACUAUUGUCUCAAUAUUCCCAGAUAAAUUAGUCGUUAUUAAUUUAGUACAAAGAAUGCUUGUUAAGUGAGUUUUUUUUCAAGAUUCUUUAAAAUUGAAUUUUCAAAUACAGAUACAUAAUUUUUUUUCAAGUUUUGAAAAAUCAAAGUGAUGUGAAUAAUGCAAAUCAAGUGAUGUGAAGAAUGCAAAUCAAGCUUCUAUAAGACUAAAUUCCUAAAUGCAGUACAUAGUAGCUUUUGUUAAAAUGUAAAUGUUCAAUAUUUAUAGUUUUCCCCCUCUCAAGACAAACAAAAUGCUGCAUAGUCGGUAAGAAUAUAAUAAAUGGAUAGAAAUAUUCCUUUAUGAAAUAAAUGUUGCAGUAUUUUUUAGCGUAUAUUGAUACAGUCUGUAAAUUUGAGUAUAUAACUUGGGAAGGAAAAUACUUUGGGCAUAUUUGUUUAUCUUCAUCUUAAAUAUGAUUUGAUAAAAGGAAAAGUAAUAUCGUAAAUCUGGAAAUUUUUGCUGUAGAUAAAUUUUUAGCAAAUUUGCGAAUUCGCAAAAAUAUUUUUCUUAAAAAUAAAUUUUCAAUAAGAAAAUGUUUGAUCGCAAAAUAUUGAAACGUAAUAAUUAAUCAACAGCAUUUUGACCCGAAUUCGCAAAAUAAAAUCGACGUAAAAAUUUCCAGAUUUAAGGUAAUUCAAAUCUCAUUCCAAAUAUGGAAUAUACUUGAGUGAUCUACAGUAUGCAGUUGGUGUUAGCUGUUGCGUUGGCAACUACGUUUAGCUGUAAAUAGCAUGAGAUUGAUGCAAGAAAAUGUGUAAAAACCAUAGAAUUUAAGUUUGUUUCGAAAGAAUAGUGUCAAUAAUGUAAAAAUUCAGUUUCAUCUAGUUUUUGUUUGGUAUCAUCUUUUGGUAAGUUCAUAGUAUCUUGAUAAUAAUAUUAUUGAUUUCAUUAUUUUUGUUUUCCAAUUAUGCCAUUUAGCACAUUUAAUGCCUUUUUAAUAUAAGUGUUAUAAUUAAAGAGUUUCAAAUUUCAAAUUAAAGUUUGUUUUGACACCAUACAGUAUAAAAAUUCAUAAAGAUUCAUCUACUCUU